AGUCACAGCAAGAGGCUGCUUCAUUCCCCUUCCUGCGCUGCAGCCACUUCUCCCCUCUUUGGCUUUGCCCCUCGCUUCUCUCGUCCCUCUCUCUCUCUGCUUUCUCCUUGUCUGGGGCGGCUAGCGGGUGCGCUCGAAGGCCGGGUCCCCCACCUCUCUCUGCCCCACGCGUUUGUUUUGUUUGAUCUGCGGGACAAUUGCCACAAAUGCUCUCUUCCUCCCCUCCCGCUUAGCCUUAGUGCAGCCCGAUCCCGUCCCGGGCCAGGAGUGGGGAAUAUGUCCCCCCCGGUAAGUGACCACCAACGCUGCUGCACCCCGCUCCCCCACUUCCAGCCCUGCGCCCCGCUUGGCUCGCUCCUGCCUGGCAGGGAGCUCUGGCUUGUCCCCCUCGCAUUGCUUUCCGCGCCCCCGUUAGUUUGAGUGGACACUGGCAGACAGUUCUCUUUCCAGCUCAGAGCGCUGCUUGGCUUGCAGACUGCCCGGGCCAGUUGUGUCAUUAAUUUGUUUUUGUUUUUUUGGGGGGGGGGGGCAGUGUGAAAUUCCACCUCCUUCCUUCUGCCUUCUCUGCUUCUGCCGCUUUUCAGCCUCUGCCUCCGAAACGCUUCCCCUUGCUCCCCGCUCCAGCCUUCCAGGCAGGAGCCUGGUUCUCGCCUCCUCUCCCCGCGCUGCUCCAAGCGCCCAACUUUUCUCCUUCCAGCCCUUCCCCUUCCCGCCCUUUGUGCUGGCUGCCAGACCCUGUGCCUGCCAGGCGCAGCCUGCGCGUCUCCCGGGCGGCUUGGCUUGGGCGGCGUGGUAAAGUUUGUAGGGCCAUGGCUUUGCCUCCCGGGUGGGCUCGCACACUACCUGCCUUCCCUCACCCUCCUGGGAGCAUCCUGUCGCAGGUUACCUAAGCAAGCCUCAGGCUGGCGAGGGGCAGAAGCGAAGGGGGAGGCGGCUGCUUUUAUUUAUUGAUUUUUCCCCCUCCCAGCCUGGCCACUCUGGCGUUUCUGCUCUUACUUCCCUCCUCUGCGGCCACUAGUGCCCGGCGCGCCCAGCCCUCUCCGCCCCAACUCCGCCAAGCAGCGUGCGCCCGGUGUCUGGCGCCCGGCCUCCCUCCCCCCUCCCCUUUCCCCCCUGCGAUCACUGUCCAUUGGCUUGUCCUGCUCUCAUUUUCAUGUCCAGCCCCUGAUGAGUGUCCAUUGGUGUUGCCUUCCUCUUCCCUCCUCCCCCUCUCUCCCGCUUGCCCUGCCCAUGUUUUGUAUGUCUCUGUCCAUCCAGGCGCCUGACGUUCAAGUUCGCGGGGACGUCACGUCCGCACUUGAACUUGCAGCUCAGGGGGGCUUUUGCCAUUUUUUUCAUCUCUCUCUCUCUCCUUCCCUCUCUCUCUCUCCCUCUCUCUCUCUCUUUUUUUUUCUUGCACAAAAAAAAAAAAGCCAUGACUGCUAUCCCACAAUUCAUCUUCCCUGCGCCAUCUUUGUAUUAUUUCUAAUUUAUUUUGGAUGUCAAAAGACAUUGAUGAAGAUAUUUUCUCUGGAGUCUCCUUCCUUUCUCACCCGGCUCUCCCGAUGUGAACCGAGCGGCUCACAAGCCACCGCAGCCAGCAGCCCACCAUGUCUCGCCGCAAGCAAGGCAAACCCCAGCACUUAAGCAAGCGGGAAUUUUCGCCCGAACCUCUUGAAGCCAUUCUUACUGAUGAUGAACCAGAGCAUGGCACGUUGGGAGCUCCAGAAGGGGAUCACGACCUCCUUACUUGUGGCCAGUGUCAGAUGAACUUCCCAUUGGGGGACAUUCUUAUUUUUAUUGAGCACAAACGGAAACAAUGCAAUGGCAGUCUUUGCUUAGAGAAGGCUGUGGAUAAGCCACCUUCACCCUCACCAAGUGAGCUGAAAAAAGCAUCCAAUCCUGUGGAGGUUGGCAUCCAGGUCACACCAGAGGAUGACGAUUGUUUAUCAACGUCAUCUAGAGGAAUCUGCCCUAAACAGGAACAUAUAGCAGGUAAAGAUGAGCCCAGCAGCUACACGUGUACAACUUGUAAACAGCCUUUCAACAGUGCAUGGUUUCUCUUGCAACACGCACAGAACACUCACGGAUUAAGAAUCUACUUAGAAAGCGAGCAUGGAAGUCCCCUGACACCGCGGGUUGGUAUCCCAUCAGGACUAGGUGCAGAAUGUCCUUCACAGCCGCCACUCCAUGGAAUUCAUAUUGCAGACAAUAAUCCUUUUAACCUUCUAAGAAUACCUGGGUCAGUAUCAAGAGAGGCUUCAGGUCUUGGAGAAGGGCGUUUCCCACCCACACCUCCUUUGUUUAGCCCUCCCCCCAGACAUCAUUUGGAUCCACACCGCAUAGAACGCCUGGGUGCCGAAGAAAUGGCUCUUGCAACCCAUCACCCUAGUGCCUUUGACAGGGUGCUGCGACUGAACCCCAUGGCUAUGGAGCCACCAGCUAUGGAUUUCUCCAGGAGACUUAGAGAGUUAGCUGGUAACACCUCCAGUCCACCAUUGUCACCAAGCCGGCCCAGCCC